AUGGCGACCAGUGACACGGCGACGGGCGACUCAUUUGACCGCGGCAGCGAGAAACCGAGCGAGCUGAGCGGCGGACCGGGAACUGGGUCGCCGGCUUCAACUAGCAAGGUACCGACCGGGGCGCGACUUGGAUACAAGGAUACAAGCGACCGGGGGCGAGUGGCGAUGGUUGAGAGGAGACGGUCCAUGGAGCGCUUGAGGUUUCUAAGAUGCUUAAACACCAUUUCCAUUCAAUUGCAGAUGGUGAAGGUAAAACGUUCCUUAUCAUUUAGGACAAAAAGUCUGAGGAGCAAAAGUGCAGAGAACUUCUUCCAGUGGACAAGCAGUGAGACAAAACUGCAGGUGGAGCUACUGCCAGGAAUCGGUUCCAGCACUGGACAGCUCCCAGUUUUGGAAAGUCAAGCAUCCAGCCCAACCAAAUCCCAGAGACAGUUUGAUGACGGCACACAUAUUUUCAUGGAGUACGUUUUCAAGAAACCAACUUUCUGUGACACCUGCAACCAUAUGAUUGUUGGCACCAAAGCCAAACUUGGCCUGCGUUGCAAAGCUUGUAAAAUGAGCAUCCAUCACAAAUGCAUUGACGCCGUUGAACAGUACCGAUGCAUGGGCAAACUGCCGAAGGGUUUCCGACGUUACUACAGCUCCCCAUUAUUAAUCCAUGAACAGUAUUCCUGUAUCAAAGAGGUCAUGCCUAUUGCUUGCAGCAGUAAAGUUGACCCAGUGUAUGAAACUCUCCGGUUUGGAACAUCGCUGGCGCAAAGAUCCAAGAAGUCAGGCUUUGGAUCAGACUCAUCUCAACAUCAUGCUGCUUCAGAGCUGGCAAAAGUUCCAGAGGAAAGUGCAAACACACCUGGACGAAUGUUGGAUUUGAGCAGGAAAUCGUGGCAUUAUGUAUUUAAUUCUCUAGAAAAUGGUCGUGACAAUACCAUCAGGGAAGAAAGCAAGCUUUCCUGCUCUCUGCUGAAGAAGCCAGAACACAAAGACGCUUUGCAGAAGUGUAGUUACGUUGCCUUGUACAGGUACAUUCCGCAGGAGAAUGAUGAUCUGGAAAUGCAGGCUGGAGACAAGAUUUUACUGCUGGACGAUUCUAAUGAAGAAUGGUGGAAGGGGAGAAUUGCUGACAGAGUUGGCUAUUUCCCUGCCACAUUUGUUCAGAGAGUCAUGGUGGGUGAGAAUGUCUUCAGAUGCACAAAACCAUUCACAGGGUCAAAAGAAGACGGACAGAUAAACGUAAAAGAAAACCAGAUCUGCGUGGACAAAGGUGAAGAGUAUAAUGGAUUCAUUAAGGUGCACAGUGGGAAGAAGAUGGGUUUUGUGCCACUCGAUGUCCUGCUCAAAAUCUGAUGACACUAUGUCCAUGCAAUGAAGGAACAGCUUGCCCCAAGACCGCAAUAAUUUGGAGAGAGCUCUGGAUGUUGGCCAGUCCAUCCCACAGACCAGACUCCCCUCACCCCUAACCCAUCCCCCGCAUUGACUCCAUCUAACUCCUCAUUGCUUCGUGAAUGCAACCAACACAAUCAAAGACUAUUCCCAUCUUGGGCAUUACUUUUUUUCUCCGUUCCCUUUGGGCAGAAGAUACAGAAGCUUGAAAGCACCACCGAAGCAUCAAACGACUCAGGAACAGCAUCUUCCCGUCUGGAAUCAAGACUUUUGAAUGGUCUUUCCAUAAGCUAGGGUGCGAUACGAUUCUCCUUUACUUCAUUGCAAACAUUGGACUUUUUCUGUGGAAAUAUUGCACUACAAUGCUGAGAACUAUAUUCCACUCUCUGUAUCUUUCCCUUUGCUCCCAUUGUACAUGAAUUUGGCUUGAUUGUAUUUAUUAGUGUUUUCUGAUUUGAUUGGAUAGGAUGCGAAACAAAGCCUUUCAAUGCACCUCAGUACACAUGACAAUAAUAAACCUAAACGGAAACCCAUAUA